AUGUCACAGCAAAAUCAAAAGACACAAUUACCUCCUGAGAUAAUCUCUAAGAUUCUUGAGAUAAAUAAGAUCAAAAAAUCAGGUACUGGUACAAAUUAUGUUCCUCCUUGGGAUCAAAGGACAAACAAGCCUCCGCCACCACCUCCACCUCUUCCAAUUACACCACAAACAGCUUCUCUCGUUCAAGCAAUAACAAAGAAAGAAGAGAAGAAACGAACAGGAAAAAUUGGAAAAGCAAAAAACUUGGCAUCGAAUUUUAUGGCGGUCACUCCAACUUAUAAUCCUACAGUACAGAUACAAGAUGCUAUAAAAACGCUUUCUGAUGAUAGACUUGAUGGAUUUUUGGCAAUAUUCGCUCCAGAAAUAUUAAAAUUCGAGAGACAAGAAAGAGCAUCGAAAUUUGUAGAAGUUGCUCUCCCAAGCAUACUCGAAAAAGCCCCUCUAAUUGAAAAAGCCUUAAAUCAAUAUGUGCAAAGUCUCGCAAUUGCAAGUGAUCCAAAAUCUAUAUUUCCUCAAUUUAGUACUCCAAUUGUUUUUAUUAAUUCAAGCACAGAAUUAAUUGCUCACAAAGUUAUGCAAUUAUCUACGACAGGUUUUGAUAUUAUCCCACCAAAGACUGUUGACAGUGAUAUGUAUAUAAUCGCUCAAGUUUCUACUCCUUUUAUUUCAACAAAACCGAGAUUUCCAAUCAAAGUAAAUGACAUUGAAAUCGUUCCAGGCAGCUUUGGAUGUCAUGGCGUGUAUAUAUAUUACAUAAAUUCUAUCAGAAAGCCAAAUCAAACAUACCAUAUUCAAUUUCCAGUUCAAUUUAACGACAGCAUUUGUAUUGCUUCAUUUUAUUACCUCAGAAGGAAACCAAAUGAAAAUAUUAUUCACGAUUUUUACGGUUCUUUGAAAGGAUUAGUUGCUCCUUCAGAUUUAUUCUUUAAAUCUAGGAAUAAACGUUGCUCUUCUUGCCGUCCUUUCAGAGUUAUUGAUGUUGUAGAGUCUACAAUGCAAACAGGUACUUGCAGAUGCCCUACUUGCAACACAGAACUACAAUUUUCGGAAAUUUCUUUAGAUUCAUCAGAAGAGAUGCAGAAAAACGAUUUAGAAAUAAAAAAAGCACGUGAACAGAUGUGUAACUCUAUAAAUAUGCUUGUAAAAACAAAUCUUGUUGAUGAUACGUGGACAGGUAAUCUUUUCAACGGAGAACCUGGUUUAGCAAAUGAUGAAGAUAAAGAUAACAACCAAUUUUUCUUACCUGAAGAUAUAGAUUCGUAUCUUGCAAAAUAUGAUAAGAUUUUCGCUGAAGAUUAA